AUUUUAGUCGUCUGGCGGAAGGAUGCUUAAUAUUUUUGUGUGCUGCCUUAUGAGAGUGUGUACCGCUUUUUUUUCUCACUCGUUCGGUCCAACAGACUUACGGAUGUACGUUGUGUACGCAGUGUGUGUGUCCGACGAUUGUGAGAAGUCGCGUUUUUGUUUACGCUCUAUGAAAUAAUGUGUGUUGUCUUUUACUACAGAACAAGAGAGGGGUCAUUAGGAAAGGUCGUUAGAUUUACGUGCGCUAAACCUUUUGUGCUUUCUCUAUGCCUCUCUCUCUCUCUUUCUCUCUCUCUCUUUCUCUCUCUCUCUCUCCCCCCUUCACUCCCCUUUUGUUGUUACCAAUGAUCGCUGGCAAUGCUACCAUAGCAACCAGGAAACACUCCAGUGUCUAUGCAUGUGUAUGUGUGUGCACGCAUGUGUGUGGGGAAGACACUAAACGCUAAACGCUUGAGCUGGUAAGCAGCGCAGGACAUUGUAGGAAAGGUGAGAUAUUUACUCCGACGUUGCAGGUUAUAAGGUUUCGGUGGAAGAUCUGAUAUUCCGUAAGUAUGUGUGUGUGUGUGUGUGUGUGUGUGUGUGUGUGUGUGUGUGAGAGAGAGAGAGUAAUGUGUGUAAGAAUGCACUAAUGGAUACUUUAGAAAUUUCUUAUCUAUGGACAGUGGUUGGGUGUAUGUUCAGAGAGAGUGUGUGUGUGUGUGUGUGUGUGUGUGUUACAGUGUGAAAUCAGAUUUUUGCCUCGGGUCAGGUGAGAUGGCCUCCAGUGGUGUAACUGCCCUCCUGCCCCCUGUGAAGAGCGUGGUGGUGUAUAAGAACGGAGAUCCCUUCUUCUCAGGGAGGAGGUUUAUCGUGAGCCAGAGGCAGGUGUCUACUAUGGAGUCUUUCCUGAACGACGUGACUCUCAGCAUCGGAGCGCCGCUGGCCGUGCGGACGCUGUACACGCCCCGCUACGGGCACCGGGUCGCCGAUCUGGAGCACCUGCAGCAGGGGGCGCAGUAUGUGGCUGCCGGAUUUGAGAAGUUCAAGAAACUUGAUUAUCUGAGUCUGGGGACAAAGAGAACUCCUGCGGCUCGAACCGGAGACUCCAUGCAGGCUAAAGGAAUCAGCAGACCCAACGUGUCGGCAAAAUGGAGGAAGGUUAUAACUCUGCCCUGCAUUAUACACGUGUUCAGGAACGGGGACGUCCUUAGUCCUGCCAUGCGCUUCAUCAUUCCUCGGAGCCUCCUGAAAAACCUGGAGCAGAUUCUCAGCCUGGUCUCGGAGAAAGCAAUGCUGCGCACCGGAGCAGUUCGCAGGCUGUGCACCCUGGACGGCGUGACCGUGACCUCAGCCGAGGAGCUGGAGAGUGGCCAGUGUUACAUAGCUGUCGGGGCCGAGCGCUUCAAGAAACUUCCGUACGAGGAGCUGCUGCUAAACAAAGCACCAGGUGGCAGUGCAGACAGACACUACGUCGCAGAUCGAGGGCUGUACAGGAGGUUAGAGAACAGGAAAUUUCCUCAGGACAGCAACAGUGACUCGGCCCUCCUUCAGUCGUCCGAGAGGAACGGCAGGCGCGUGAAGUCAACGGGAGACGAAGCCGAGCCAGAGAGAGAGGACGCGUCUCAGCGGCCGCCGAGGAGGAAAGCAGGAGGAAAGGAAAGAGAGGAACGCUCCGAUUUUUACGCCAAACCUGCCCGAGUGCACAAACACAGACCUCCACACAGAGCUGCACCCAGAGGCGCAGCGAGUGUGUUUAAGGGUGUAGGGAAGAGGAGAGAGGAGGUGCAAGGAGCUGAGGAGGUGGCUGAGGAUGAGAGCACGGCUGUGGAGAUUCCUGUAGAUCAGAGGGUUGCUGAAGUCGUUCAGGACGAGGAGCUUGACCAGAGCCAACCUGAAUCAACAAAUCAUAUGCAUCAGACAGGAGCACCUGAUGAGCGCGUGACCUCGUCUGCACGCUCCAGUGUGUCUCCUAGCAACAGAGAGCACAAAGUGAUGGAGUACGGCCCGUCUGACGGAGAGACCUUGUCACGGAGACGGAGCUCUUCUCCGAGCGGGGAGGUGGAAGAGCAGUACGAGGACCUACUCAGCGAAGACCUGGAACAUGAAAGAGGCCAAGAUGAUAAAGAUGAAGGUCCUCAUCAAGCUGAAGAGCCAGAGAUGCAGGACCACACCCGUCCUCCCUCCUCAUCCUCACAGCAGAGAGAGUGACACACGUUUAUAUAUCAGACACAACCAUAAAUACUGACCCUCACCACAUAGUGUGUAGCUCUAACCUUAAUCAUCUCCAGACCAGCCUUCUCCAGACUGUUCCUAAUACGUCAUCUCUUAUCGAUCCGAUCUCCAGUGUUCCCUAACAGCUACCACGUGUAGAAUUUACCGUAUGUGAAACGUAUUCGCUUGUGAAUGACUUGUGAUAAAAGACGCAGACGAGACGCCGUUAGCCGAUACGGUGUGCGAUGAAGUCUCUCACAACGGAGACCAAAAAGUGUCCGACCCCUUAAAAUAUUUCCCCAUACGAUGAGAAUAGUCAUUUUGUAAAAUCAUUAUCAGCAUUUUAAAGAAAGCUCGACGCUCGUGUGUAUAAUUGCGUCUCGUCUUAGUUUCAUGAUGAUUGUGUAGGAACGUUCAGGUUACAGUCCCAGUCGAUGUGAAGUCUGGAAGAUACACGUGAAAAUUGUUUUGUCUAUUGUGAGCCUUGAAUAGAAUCACUGUGAAAGUCUGUAGCGUGCAACCCGAAAUGGUUCCGGUGUGAGUUAAAGCCUUUUACAUUCCCCAAGUGCAGUGAAUGAAAUAUUCAAUCUGCGAGGAAACCAGAGCGAGUCACGACUCGCCGACACCCGGACCGAUCCGAGGAGUCUGAGGCUCGAACGUGAACUGGUGCUCGAGUGGAACUGACUUUCAUGAGAUUCUCCAACAAAUUUAGAUGAUUGUGAUGAUAUUUUCUUGGAGCUGUAGAUAAAUGUGAACUUUUUAUCCUUUCUUAUUUCAUCUAUUCUAAUAGCUCAAAGAGUAUUAACAAUAAACCAUAAACUCCA